AUGUCCAACAACCGUUCUUGUUCGUUUCGAGCACGACUCGCUGUCCGCGCCGCCGCGGGCGUUGUCCAUCCGAGACAGGAGGCCGCCUGCCCAAAAGUGGCCGCCGUCGUUUUUGGACAGCAUUGGUUGUUGGGCAUUCUACCCAUUUUCCAAGUACCCAUGUCGGGCGUCCAAGCCCUUGUUUUCACGUCAAAGCACCCCGAUCUCCGCAUUUGCCUCUCUCCACGUCCUGCUUGGGCGAAGGUGGAGCUGCCGAUGCUGUUGCUGGAAGGGCUCGAGGAGGAUGGUGGCGACACGGAGUACUUCUGGGGCAAGCUCAAAGGUUCGCCCGAGUCGCUGGAGGAGCUGGCCGCCGCGGCGCUGGAGGGCGGGCUGGCCGCCCAGGCGCAGGUGGACGCCCGCGGGGGGACACUGGAGCUGAUCACCACGCGGCGCGGCAAGGCCGAGCUCGAGGAGCGGCUGCCCUCGCUCGGCGGCAGGGGCUUUUCUUCUGGGGAUAUGAGGUGGACACCAGUGGGCGGCAACUUCGAAUACCUGCUGUGGGUCUCGCAGCAGGCUGGCGGCUGCGGCGGGGGCGGUGAGUUCCAGGGGGCAGGAGGGGAGCAUCGCGCGUGCAGUCAAGACUAAGACUCUGAGAUACAGUGAAGACGCUGAACGCAUGAUCGUUUUCUGAUCCCUUGUUUUGCAGUUCGGCGCGAACCCUCGUACCCCCCCUCCCCCCCGAUGGAGUGGAUUUUGGCUGUUUUCGGCGCCAGAAAAGGUAGAG